AUGAGUGGCGAGAGAGGUGAUGUCAAUAACGCUACUAUUAUUGAUUGGAAGGCAAAGCUUCCGACCGUGUGCGAGGGAUACACACCACAGGACAUCUUCAACAUGGAUGAGACAGGCCUUUUCUACAGAGAUACAACAAAGAGCACGUUCAAAGUUAAAGGAGAGGAAUGUGACGGUGGGAAGCGAUCCAAAGAGAGACUGACCGUUGCGUUGUGUGCCAGUAUGACAGGGGAGAAGAUUCCGGCUCUUGUAAUAGGGAAAUGUAAAAAGCCACUUUGUUUUAAGAAAAUAACGCCCGAGGCUCUACCUGUGAUAUACACAAGUAACAAAAAGGCUUGGAUGAACAGUGCUUUGUUUCAGUGGUGGAUAGAAAAAUUCAACCGAAAAAUGAGAUGUCAUAGUAGAAAAGUGCUCCUGUUUGUUGAUAAUGCGCCUUCCCACCCAACAGUAGAACUUUCUAAUGUUAAACUUGCUUUUCUUCCUCCCAAUACAACUUCCAAAUCCCAGCCAAUGGACCAAGGAAUCAUUCAGACAAUGAAACUCAAAUACUGCAAGUGUCAACUGCAGCAUGUUAUUUCUGCCAUGGAACAAGAUGAAAGCAAAUGUGGCACACAGUUGUUAAAAGAUAUUAACGUCCUCCAGGCCAUUUAUUGGAUUCACAGUUCCUGGAAAGAAGUGGAAUCUUCAACAAUUAAAAAGUGUUUUGAAAGGUGUGGAUUUCAGUCUGUCGAAGAGAAUACAUCAAACAGAGACAACAGCGAUGAGGACGACGAUGACGACGAUGUACCCCUGUCCAUCAUAGCCAAGUCAAAGGAAUUGUUUGGGUUACCAUUACAUGAAGGACUGUGA